AUGCUGCAGGCUUUGCUGGUCAGCAGCUCAUUCCUUGCCCUUCUCAGGGUGUCCCCUGGUUGGGCAGAGGUCCCUAUCCAGGACAACUUGGAUAUCAGCCAGUUCCAGGGCACCUGGUACAUAGUUGGGGCUGUGUCAGAUGACCAGGGCUUCCAGGACUCCAAAGAUGACAUGAAGAUGCCUGUGGUCUUAGUGACCCUACUGGACAAUGGCAACCUGGGUGUCAAGUUUGGGUACCCCACGCCUGAUGGUGGGUGUCAGAAGAUAGACACGAUCUUCAUCAAGGGUGCUGUGAAUGGGCAGUUUAGCAACCCAGCGAUGGCCCAGACCGACAUCCGCAUACCCUUCACUGACUACAAGCACUUCACCAUUAUGUACUUUGAGACGGAGAAGGCAGGCGUGCGGAACAUCUGGCUGCAGCUCUUUGGUGGGCAAGCAUUAGGGCUGGUGCUCCUGCCAGCCCCCUGGUCACCCCCGGUUCCUUUUUCUGGGAGCCGUGCCCAGGCCCGCACCCCUGAGCUGUUUCCAGAAGGCACCCAGAAGAUGCAACAGCUGGCAAACCAAGUGGGCCUGAACCCUAGCCAAGGUGCCAUGCUGCCCAAGUCAG